AUGUCGUGGCCGACGCAUUGUCUAGACGCUUGUUCUAAGUUUGCUUCUGGCUAUGUGAGACAGGAUGGGUUUCUCUUUUAUGAGAACCGCCUUUGUGUGCCUAAUUGUUCUUUGAGGGACUUGUUUGUCAGGGAAGCACAUGGAGGAGGACUUAUGGGACAUUUUGGAGUUGCCAAGACUAUACAGAUCAUGAGAGAUCAUUUCCAUUGGCCACAUAUGAUUAGAGAUGUGGAGCGCAUAUGUGCUCGCUGCACCACUUGUAAGUUGGCCAAAUCCAAGGUCCAACCCCACGGUUUGUAUACUCCUCUCCCUAUUCCAUCACAACCUUGGACUGAUGUUUCCAUGGACUUUGUUCUUGGUUUACCCAGAACUAGACAUGGAAAGGAUUCCAUUUUUGUGAUUGUGGAUAGAUUUUCUAAGAUGGCUCAUUUUGUUGCAUGCAAUAAAACUGAUGAUGCAUCUCAUGUUGCUGCAUUGUUCUUUAAAGAUGUCAUUAGAUUGCAUGGCAUGCCGCGCACCAUUGUUUCUGAUCGUGACACUAAGUUCCUUAGUUACUUUUGGAAAACCUUGUGGUCUAAGUUAGGGACUAAGCUUUUAUUUUCCACCACUUGUCAUCCCCAAACUGAUGGUCAAACUGAGGUUGUAAACCGGACUUUAGGAACCUUGUUGCGUGUGCUGCUUAAAAAGAAUCUUAAGAAUUGGGAUGAUUGCUUGCCUCAUAUAGAAUUUGCUUAUAAUCAUUCUGUGCAUUCAGCAUCUAAGUUCUCUCCUUUUGAAAUUGUUUAUGGGUUUAAACCCCUGUCACCUUUGGAUUUAAUGCCUCUGCCUUUGAGUGAAAGAUUGAGUGCAGAUGGACAGAAGAGAGCUGAGAUGGUGAAGAAGAUACAUGAGCAGGCAAAGAAGAAUAUUGAGGAAAAGACAAGGCAGUAUGCCAAGAAGGCCAACAAGGGACGGCGCGAACUAAUCUUUGAGGCUGGAGAUCAAGUUUGGAUUCAUCUUCGCAAAGAAAGAUUCCCAGCCGAGCGCAAGUCCAAGCUAUGCCGCGCAUUGAUGGCCCUUUCACAGUCACCAAGCGAAUCAACAAUAACUCUUAUAGAGUUGAUCUCCAAGAGGGAGGGGAUGAUGCGAUCAUGGACAAGGAGGUUCAGGAAGACAGCUUUGGCCGAGGAAGAAGAUGGAAUGGAGCAGCUAGUGGCCGAGGAGGGACUUGAAGCAGAGCAGCUUGUACCUGAGGAGAGCUUAGCCAUUCCAACUGGCCCAAUCACUCGUUCAAGAACUAAGGCACUAAACCAAGCAAUUGGCAAAGUCCUUAGCGCCUUGAACCAACAAGAAGCCAAGCCAACUACUCUGGUUUGCUUGAAGGCCUUAACAAUGGGAUAA